AUGGCUGGCAACGUCUUGCUCAGCAUGCUCUUUGUCUUCUUCUGGGGUUCUCUGGUCGCAGCGGCAGCGUCAAGCACGCAAUCCCAGCAGAUGUUUGAAUGGGGGUUCAGCGACACCGUAAGCCUCUUCGUCCCUAGCAUUAUUUCACGUUCACUUAGCUUUGUCUACCUGCAGACUGGCGCUGCGCUCCCCGCAUGCGUACCGCUGGCACUCUUCGUCAAUCCUCUCCCUUUACAAGGCGCCCCAAAGUCUGCGCCGCGCUAUUCCCCCAUCGCGCCAUUUUACCUUGGCGUCUAUCCUCUCGGUGUCAGGGGCAAACAACUUAUCCUCGCGCUUGUGGACGGGCGCGGUACCUCGGGCGGGGUCGACACAAAACUGUAUACGGUACCAGAUGGCACCUCUUCCUGCCUUCCAUCUACCGCACAUGGACCGCCCGCUUUCACACUUUUUGCCGCCCGGGACUCGAACGCCUCCCUGCAGACCUGUGCUGCGUGGUCUAUGUUAAUCACGGGCGGUACCCCGCCGCUCGUGUUAACUGUCGCAGCGACGGAUUCUUCCGACAUCACAAACAUCACCCUAGGCGCAAACGUGCGGGAGUACAACUACACCAAUCGCGCCCUUCCGGGCAGACAGAUGAUCGCGGCCGCGAGCGAUUCGACCGGGAAAUGGGCUACGGGCGUCCCAUUUGUACUCACUACCGGCUCGAGCGACAUCACCUGCUCCAAUACAACCUCAAGCUCAGCAAAAUCAGCGAGCUCUGCUGGGCUUUCAAGUCCCACCGUAUCGGUGAACCCACCACCAGUGCUCCCCGCCAUCACUUCGACAUCCAAAGUCGUUAUCAUAUCGUGGGCGAUCGGCGGGGUCUUGGUCAUAUUUGGCUGCCUACUGUGCAUCUAUCUACUGCUUUGUCGCCGUGCUCGGCUCCGCCAGACCAAGCAGCUACCCGCCGCGAGUGUCGUUUCGCCCUUCGUUGAUGCUCCGGAAUCGUCCACGUCUCCAAGCAGCCAGUACCAGACUCAGAUGUCGUCGAUUCCCUCACUGCGCGAUGUCCCAACUCCCUUGGGAGCGAGCGCCGAGCUGCCACCGCCAUAUGCUUGCACAACAAAUGGGAAUCGCGUACCUCGGAUUGGGAAGAGGAGAAGACACUCGUGGCUAACCUGA